AUGGCUGAAUCUGGCUUUCUUGGGUGGGGCCGCGAGCCUGGGCGUUGGCGCUCGGCAGCCGCUGCACAAAGGAGCAGGCUGGCCGGCUCGGUGGAGUCUACGCGCACGGGCGUGCCCAUAACCCUGUCCCAGCACCUCAGUCUCCAAACGCACUUCGGGGUUGUGACUGCCGCUAACUGCGACCCCGAAAACACACUCCGUUCCCCCCGGGCUCACACUCCAGCCCCUCCUUCCUCCAGGAGUCAGGAGCUGCGCGAGAGAAGCAGUGUCACCCCUCUUCUUCCUGAACCCCGCGAUUCCUUGCUGGAUCUAACCCCGACGCCGCCACUCCGCUGCUCCCCAACAUCCGUCCCUCCCCGAGGACACCUGGCGGGGCAGGAGAGGGGCGCGAAUUGUAACGGAGUCGCCCGCAUUCCGGGAGCCCGAGCAUCCAUCCAUCCUCUAGGACGCUGGCAAAGGGGCGCGGCCUCCCCACCCGAAUCCGGGCGGCGCUCGGGCGCGUGCGCGCCUCCCACGGAGCCCCCGGCGCCUCUCCGGGCGGGGGAGAGGUGGGUGCUGAGCGGGCCGUGGACGCGAGUGGGGAGGUGCAGAACCCCCGCCCGGUGCUGUGGGCGGCACAGAGUCCUAGCAGCAGCCGCUGGCCGCCUCUGCUCCUGUUCUUGCUGGUGGCAACGCUUUUCCUUUACGCGCGCGGGCCCGGCCGCCUGCCACCAGAGGCCCCCCUGGGAAAAGGCGCCGGACACCCCGACAGCCCUGGGACCACGAAUUCCAAAGCUCAAGAGCUCUCUGGACCUUCGGAGAAGCCGGGAGCGCGUCUACGGUGACAUUGGGGCGCCCGAAGCUAGCCACCUCCAGCACAACUGUUUUCCCUUUCUUGGAGAGCCUGGAGGGGCGCUGGGAGGCUCAACUUCACCUGUAGAAGACCCCCCCUCUUGUCCAACAGGGCGCGGCCGGUCCUCCCACCAUCCCCGAAAGCGGAUCUGCUGGGGGGAGACUCUGGUUUGGUGGCGCGCGCUCCAGGGCGAGCGCUGCGCACCGGUGGCGCAGAUGCCGGUGGCACCGGGGCCCCAGCAGCCGGACAAACUUGUGCGCCACGGUCUUGUCGCCACGGAGCGGGGUUCCGAAGACAUGCUGUCGGGGUUUCAAGAAGAAAUGGACCCUCCGGAGCUCACCCGGCGACUGGCCACGGUGAUCACUCACGUCGAUGAAAUUAUGCAGCAGGAAAUCAGGCCUUUCAGGGCAGUGGACUUAAUUGAACAACUUCACAGACAAUUUGCCAUUCUUUCAGGAGGCCGUGGGAAAGAUGGUGCCCCCAUCAUUACCUUUCCAGAGUUUGUGGGGUUCAAACACAUUCCAGAAGAGGACUUCUUGAAUGUUAUGACCUACCUGACAAGCAUUCCCAGUGUGGAGGCUGCCAGCAUUGGAUUUGUCAUUGUUAUCGACAGACGAAGGGACAAGUGGAGCUCCAUAAAAGCAUCCUUGACACGAAUAGCUGUAGCCUUUCCAGGAAACUUGCAGCUCAUAUUUAUUCUUCGUCCAGCUCGCUUUAUCCAGAGGGCAUUCACUGAUAUUGGCAUUAAAUACUAUCAAGAUGAAUUUAGAAUGAAGGUGCCGAUUGUUAUGUUGAACUCUGUUGCUGACCUUCAUGGCUACAUUGACAAAAGUCAACUGACUGUAGACUUGGGAGGAACUUUGGAAUAUCAUCAUAGUCAGUGGAUGAAUCAUAGAACUGCUAUUGAAAACUUUGCCUUGACAUUGAAGAACACAGCCCAGAUGCUCCAGACAUUUGGGGUAUAUUUGGCCAUGGCAGAGCUACCCAGAGGCAUUCUAUCUGCUGAAGACCUUCUCAUGUGCCACACAAGGCAGCGGGACCAGCUGCAGGGUGAACUGCAGUUACUUGUAAAGCAAGGGGCCACUUUGCUAUCAUGUAUUCAAGAACCAGCCACCAAAAGUCUAAUAAGCAAACUCAAUCCCAGUGAACUGGAGAAUGUAACUACCAUGGAAAGGUUGUUAGUGCAAUUGGAUCAAACUGAGAAAGCUUUUAGUCAGUUUUGGUUCCAGCAUCACCUGAAGCUUAACCAAUGCCUACAACUCCAACACUUUGAGCACAAUUUUUGUGAGGUGAAGCUUGUCCUGAACAACUUGCUGGCAGAGCAGGCUGAGUUUACAGAUAAUGGCGACAGUGUGAUGCAUGUGGAACAGCUUCUUAGAGAACAUAAAACCCUGGAAAGAAAAGGCCAGGAGCCUUUGGAGAAGGCUCAGCUGCUUGCACUGGUGGGGGACCAGCUCAUCCAAAGCCACCACUAUGCGGUGGACUCCAUCAGGCCCAGAUGUGCAGAGCUCAGGCAUCUCUGUGAUGACUUCAUCAAUGAAAACAAGAAAAGAGAGGAGAUGUUAGAGAAGUCCUUGGAGUUGCACAGACAGCUGGACAAGGUCAGCCAGUGGUGUGAAGCAGGAAUCUACCUCUUGGCUUCCCAAGCUGUUGACAAGUGCCAGUCGCGUGAGGGGGUUGACGUUGCUUUGAAUGACAUUGAGAUAUUCCUGGGUGCAGCCAAAGAUUACCAGCUUCCCAACCCCAGAGACUUCUACAACCAGUUUGAGCUGAUGCUCACUGUUGACACAAAGGCCAAAGCCCAGAAAGUCCUGCAGAAGCUGACGGAUGUGCAGGAAAUAUUUCACAAGCGACAAAUGAGUCUGAUGAAACUGGCAGACAGACAGACUCGCCCAGUGCAGCCUGUAGCCCCACAUCCCGAAUCUUCCCCUAAAUGGGUGUCACCAAAAGCCAUUCAGCCCUCCACAGUGGCUUCUCUUCAGAAGUCAUCUGAGGGAUCUUCUUUAGAGCCAGAUUUUCACUCCCUGGAAAAGGAAGGUGAUGAGAUUAAAUUUGAUGUCAAGAAUGAAGAAAUUCUUGGGAGCAGUCAUGACGGUGAGAACCCUGCACAAGAGCAGUUUGGCAGUCCUGAAAAUCUUACCCCUAGCAGGCGAAUCAUCCGUGACUUACUUGAGACUGAAGAGAGUUAUAUAAAAGAAAUUAAGAGCAUAAUUGAUGGAUAUAUUACACCAAUGGAUUAUAUUUGGCUGAAGCAUCUGAUUCCAGAUGUUCUUCAGAACAACAAGGACUCUCUCUUUGGGAAUAUUAGAGAACUUUAUGAAUUUCACAACAGGACUUUUCUAAAAGAAUUGGAAAAGUGUUCUGAGAAUCCUGAACUUCUGCCAUGUUGUUUUCUCAAGAGAAAAGAAGAUCUUCAAAUAUAUUUUAAAUACCAUAAGAAUCUUCCCCGAGCCAAGGCAAUUUGGCAAGAAUGUCAAGACUGCGCAUACUUUGGGGUAUGCCAGCGCCAAUUGGAUCACAAUCUCCCCCUUUUUAAGUAUCUUGGAGGACCAAGUGAAAGACUUGUAAAAUACCAGCAGCUAUUGAAGGGCCUGCUGGAUCUUGUAUCUGCUGAGAAUUUGGAGAAAGACCAGGGAAACCAUGAAAAAGAUUCAGCUAAGAAUGAACUACAGAGGACCAAGGAUUCAGUCUUCUCAGAUGAGCUACAGCAAGCAGUGACAAUGAUGGAAGAUUUGAUCAAAUCCUGUGAAUUGUCUGUGGGCUUGGCAGCAGUGACUGGAUGUCCGGAUGAUAUCGGAAAACUGGGCAAGCUGUUGAUGUGUGACUCUUUCAGCGUCUGGAGCAUUCACAAAGACCGUUCUAAAAUGAAGGAUUUUAUCCGAUUUAAACCCAGCCAGAGGCAAAUCUACCUCUUUGAAAAGGGACUUGUGUUCUGUAAGAUCCGAGUGGAUCCCAGCGGCCAAGGCCUGUCUCCUCAGCACAGCUUUAAGAAGUCUAUGAAGUUAGCGACACUUUCAAUUCGCCAAUUGGGAAAAGGGAACAGCAAAAAGUUAGAGAUUUCCAGUCAGAAUGGACUUGAGAAGUACAUCCUUCAGGCAGCUUCGAAGGAAACCAAGGAUUAUUGGUUUUCAGCAAUAAGUAAAUUAUUGGUACAACAGCAAAGUAUUAAAGGCUGCUCCAGCCAGGAGCCCUUCUCUGCAGACAUCGCUGAGGACCGAAAGGCACCAGGAGACAUGGAGAAGGAGAGCAGCGCCCUGAGUCUCUCAGGACUUUUCCAGCUGGAUGACAGCGAGGAGCAAGACCCGUAAGUGUGAAGGAGGAACAACAAGAGGAGCUCCUGAGUCUUUGCUUCUCCCACCGUCCUCUGGGAAUUGAGUAUCAGCCACGCACAGGGCACUGGACAAAGGCACAUGGAU